UCCCACCUUCUGUCGAUGUACAGUGAUGAUCUGCCACUGAAAAUCAAGCGCCAUACAUACAACUGGUUGUUCCAAGAAACACUCGCGUUUAUUGAUUCUGGCGGUUAAUCUUCCCUUAUAUUCUUUUAGCAAAUCAUUUAUCGGGUUUUCAUCAGUUGAACCUCAAAACACAACCUGGGAAUACAGGUCAUUUGUAUUCAACACGACUGAGAAGCUGCGCGAAAGUACUGUCAACGUUCAGGAAAGAGGAGUAAAGAGGUUUAGAGCUUGCUAAAAUUCCUAAACACAAAGGAACCUCAAGGGUCUUCACUCAGCUGUAUUAAACACUGCCCUAAGGUUAUCUUCAAAACAUAAAUUUGGCGAUAAACCGAGCAGAAAUAUGGCAUUGGAGUUAAUAGUUCUCGCAGCACUGGUCAUUGCUGCUGCACUCUUGUUCAGCGUACUUUCACAUCGAAUGGAAAACCCAAAGUUACCUCCGGGUCCAGUUCCUCUCCCAGUCAUUGGCAACAUGCUUCAAAUGGGAACAAAACCGCAUCUUGGCCUAACAAAACUUGCAAUGAAGUUCGGCAAGAUAUUCCGACUUACUGUCGGCAUUCAUCGGAUAGUGGUUGUGAACACCAUCGAUGUUGCUCGUGAAGCGCUCGUGAAGAAGGCUAACGACUUUGCAGGCAGACCGCGACUUUAUACAGCAGGGCUCAUUUCCCGAGGUGGCAAAGACAUUGCAUUUAGCGACUUUACCCCCACAUGGAAAUUACAGAGAAAAAUAGCGCAUUCCGCGCUAAAAAUGUUUGGGCAAGGUAUCAAGCCCAUUGAGCAGAAAGUAUGUCAGGAGAUUAACGAACUCAUCAAUCGGUUUGAGUCGGUAGAGGGGCGCGCGCACGAUCCUCAACAUGACAUCAUCUUGGCCGUGAUUAACAUCAUUUGCGCAUUCGUGUUUGGUUCGCGCUAUGAUUUGGACGAUCCUGAGUUCUACACCAUUCUUCACUACAACGAGCAGUUUGUUCAAGGAUUCAGAGCUGGAAAUCUGGUUGACUAUUUCCCCUGGUUACGCCACUUCCCUAACAAGGGAUUAAAGCUCAUCAAGCAGGCUGUCAAAGACCGCGACACCAUCUUACAAAGGAAAUUUGAUGAGCAUAAGAAUACGUAUCAAGAUUGCGUGACGCGUGACCUCACUGAUGCCCUGAUUAAAGCCAUGCGCGAGUCACAAGCUGAAAAUCCCGGAAAGGUAUUACCAAUCUCCGAAGAUCACGUGGUUUUAACCAUGAACGAUAUCUUCAGCGCAGGACUGGAGACUACCUCGACGUGCGUACUUUGGGCACUUGCGUACUUAGCUCUGAAUCCAAAAGUUCAGGAGAAAAUCCACCAGGAAUUGGAUGACGUCAUUGGGAGGGAGCGCCUGCCUGAAAUGUCAGAUAAGCAGAACUUGCCAUAUUUGGAAGCCACCAUUUAUGAAGUAUUGCGUUACAGUUCACUGGUUCCGUUACUGUUUCCACACUCAACAACAGCUGAUACCAAUCUCAGUGGAUUUGAUAUUCCUCAGGACACUAUUGUGCUGUUCAAUGUCUGGGCUAUGCAUCACGAUGAGAAGGAAUGGGACAAACCACAUGUAUUUGACCCUUCGCGUUUUCUCGAUGACGAUGGCAAACUUAUUUGCCCUGGAACUCUGAGUUAUCUGCCCUUCUCAGCUGGACGACGGGUGUGUCUGGCCGAAUCACUCGGGAAAAUUCAACUUUUCCUGUUCAUCUCUCACUUGUUACACAAAUUUCGAUUCAGUGUUCCACACGAAUCAAAGGCGCCGGAUUUGGAAGGAAUCUUUGGUGCCAGCCUAUGCCCCAAGCCAUACAGUCUAUGUAUUGAGAGACGCUACUAGAUUGACUGGCUCUAUCUGAAUGUGAAUCAGCGUUAACAUUCUGAUUACAAAUUCAGAUGGUUCUUGAUACCGUCUGAACGUCAAUGAUAGAACGCUUGAUCAGUAACAGACAAUCUGUGCUAACCAGGAACGACUCAAUAAUUUGUCACGGUAUUUAUAUAGCUUAGAGUGACACUAUCGAUACGGCUAGUAACGGGAAUUUUCCUAAUAGAAGUCCAUAUGGAUCUAAAUAAUGAACAUCUCUGGUCAAACACUUGAUGAGUACGUCGAGCACUUGAUCAGUCGAACACUUGAUCAGUCG